AUGGCGCUGAUUCGCCGCUGUCUGCUGGUGGUAGUGUUGUGGAUUGGGGUCCGAGAAGGGGCCGGUGGUGAGCAGAUGAAGCAGGCCCAGGCUCCUCUUAUCCCUCAUCGACCCUUCAUCGUAGUGUGGAACGCCCCCACAGAGUCCUGCCGCCUUCGCUUCAAGGUGGACCUGGACCUCAGCGUCUUUGACAUCGUGGCCAACCUCAACGAGACCCUUAGCGGGCCCAAUGUCACCAUCUUCUACCAUAGCCACCUGGGCUAUUAUCCUUACUACGCCAGCUCUGGGAACCCCAUCAACGGGGGCCUGCCCCAGAACCAGAGCCUGUCCAAGCACCUGAGCAAGGCCAGGGCCGACAUCGACAAGCUCAUCCCUCACAAGGACUUCCGAGGCCUGGGUGUCAUUGACUGGGAGAACUGGAGGCCCCAGUGGGUGCGCAACUGGGGCUCAAAGGACAUCUACCGCAACAAGUCCAAGGAGCAGAUCCGGAAGCUCCAUCCAAAUUGGCCUGAGAGCAAGGUGGAGAAUGAGGCCAAGGAGGCCUUUGAGAAGGCCGGACAGGCCUUUAUGAACAAUACUCUACUGUUGGCCGAAAGUCGACGACCUGACGGCCUCUGGGGCUUCUACUUGUUCCCCGACUGCUACAACUAUGGCUACAAGACGCACCCGCACAGCUACACAGGUGAAUGCCCCAACGUGGAGCAUGUCCGUAAUGACCAUCUGAUGUGGCUUUGGAGGGAGAGCACAGCUCUCUACCCCUCCGUGUACCUAGACUACGAACUCAAGUCCUCGGCCAACACCGUCAAGUUUGUCCACUACCGCGUCAAAGAGGCCAUGAGGAUUGCCUCCAUCGCACGCACCGACUUCACGCUGCCUGUGUUCGUCUACUCUAGACCCUUCUAUGCCUACACCUUCACAGUCCUCUCAGAGAGUGACCUGGUGCACACUAUUGGAGAGAGUGCAGCUCUUGGGGCGUCAGGAGUGGUACUUUGGGGCUCCUCAGAAUAUGCUCGAACUCAGAGAAACUGCCUGACCGUGAAGAAGUAUAUUGAUGGCCCUUUAGGCCACUAUGUCAUCAACGUCACCUCAGCCGCCAAGCUGUGCAGCAAAGCCCUGUGCAAGAAGAACGGCAAGUGUGUGAGGAAGAGCCUCGACUCAGGGGCCUACCUCCACCUUAAUCCCCGCUUCUUCCACAUUCGCCGCAACCUGGGCCCCCGGGGGCCCCGCUUCCACGUGAGCGGCCAUCUUAACAACCACGACAUCCUGGACAUGAAGCACAAGUUUACCUGCCAGUGCUACCAGGGCUGGACGGGGGUCUACUGCGAGAUGCCCCAGAUGCCACCGCUCCCUCCCAUGCCCCGACCCAGGGACAACAGCCUGCUAGGGGACAUACUGGUCAUCCUGUCACUUCACUUCUCCUGUCUGUGUGUCAUCAUGUUCCUUGGUCUCUGCCUCAUCAUCAAGUGUUUGAUACUGUAG